UAAGGCGGUAGAUUCACUCGAGGUCCGCUUAUACACGCGUUAAGAACACGCAACUGAAUUGUAUUUGUAAUUUUAAAUGCUUUCGAAUAAUUGUGUUUAUUUGCAUCCUGGAAUACACUCCUUUGAUUUUUUUUGUAAUUUAAAAUGUUUAAGAACAAGUUACAAAUCGCAUGGAAGCCGUUUACUGUGGGUUUUUGUACUUGUGCAUUUCUUUUUUAUGUCGUGUUGGUGGUGUCGCGGACUAACACAGAUAACGUGUUAACAAUCCCAAGAAGGAUUUGGGACCCAGUCGAUGUGAAGGCAGAUGGACAAGUUGCUUCCGACCAGAGAGUAAAAUCCACACCCACAGUCAGCGAUCGCAUUCGGCAGGUACUGAUACAUGGAAACGGGAUUUAUAAUUUGAACCCAGAUCUACGUAACAAGGAUUCUUUCUCGCAGUAUGGGCAAGAUAAGUACCUUAGCAAUCAUUUUGGGUCGAAAAGAAAUGGUUUUUUUGUUGAAAUCGGAGCGUAUGACGGACAGUCUCUAUCAAACACACUACUCUUUGAAAUGAAGAACAACUGGACGGGACUUUUGAUUGAAGCCAAUCCCCACAUGUUUUCUUACAUAGCUUCUGUAAACAGAAACUGUUAUGCUAUCAACUGUUGUCUUGGAUACACGAAUACGUCUUUGACAUUUACUAUCGCCGGUAUGAUUUCCAGUGCAGAUGCAGUCAUAACUGCACAGCACAGGAAUAGGAUAAACAGCGAAAGUAUGAAUGCUAAAAAUGACAAAACGUUCAACACAGCCGUUACCGUUCAAUGUUUCAGCCUCUUUGACAUUCUGAACGUGAUUGGAACCAGACAGGUGGAUUACUUCUCACUGGAUGUUGAAGGCGCGGAAUUGUACAUCCUGGAGUCCAUAGACUGGAACCAAAUUGACAUUGAUGUCUUCACCAUAGAAACGGAUCAACAUAGAGACAAAAUAAUGUCGUUCAUGAAGGACCACGGAUAUAGGUGGCUAACACACUUAAUUGGAGAUGAUAUUUUUAGUAAAGAACGCAACUUAGACGCUACAAAACCUAUACUUUGGCAAAGCAUGAAUAUUUUUGGCACGCUGCAGUAGGUCACGCGUAAUAUUGCACGUGAAUUAUCUUUAAUAAGACGGACAGAGUCAUUAGAAAGUCACUUACAAAGGUGUUAUCACAGGAUUAGGCUAAUUUUAAGUAUAUGUUUUUAAUAACAACUCAAAGAGCAAAUUUGAUUUAUGCAUAUUAUCUUGGUAUAACUAUUCUCAAUUCUUUUGUUAGUUGCAAGUGCUGUUGGUUUUAUAUUUAUUUUAGUCCGGAGUGUUUUAUAUGCCUUGCGUGUAGUUAUGUGUAUUAAAUGAUUUGGAAAAAAAAUCUGAUAAAUAA